CAUGAAAAUACGCAAAACUCAUGGAGUACUUACAAAGGAAGCUUUGGAUCCCUCUAAUAACUCGCACUUGGCUCCAUCUUUAGAUGAAGAUGAUGUGUCAAUUGAUAGUGCGUCAGAGUUGAAAAUGUUGAAAUUUUACGAUUUGCAGAAGUUUGUUACCAGUGAUAUAUUAGCAAAAAAACUUGUUAAAGUCAGUAAAGGAUUUGUGAGAUAUAAUAUCAUAAUCCUUCCCGAAUGUAAUAAAAAUGAUCUUCUACGUGCUAUGUUCGAAGAAGGAUGGCAAACCUUCGAAAAUUUUUUUAAUAAGGCAGAAGAAGAGAUUACUUUGAAGGUUUUAUCUCCAUUAAAGAAAGUUGAAAAUGUUCUUAAUAAAUAUCGGGAAGCUUUGGAGAAUGCAACAGAUGGAGCAUAUGUUGAACUUGAUUCUGUAUUUAUUAAUUAUAGUUAUCAAGAUGGAUACAAAUUUCGAAGAGACUGGUUGGAGGACUGGGUGAAUAGUUUUUAUCGUAAAUUUUUAAUAUGUUUUCAGCUUUCAAGACAUGAUCUUUUUCUGGACAUUAAUUCUCUUAUCCGUUUAUCAACUGGUGAAGUUGAAAAUAUGCAUCGAAAAAUUAACAUUAAUGGCGUCGAAGAAUAUAUUGGUAUUCUUAAGGUUGUAGGAAAUGCUAUUGUUGAAGAUCAUGUCAAGAUGAUUGCGGAUAGGAAUAAAAUUUUAAAGAAGCAACUUCAAAAUAAUCUUGAGACGUUUGGCAUCCUAGUCGAUAGGCGAGAUUUCAUCAUCUAUGCGAUGCAUUAUUAUGAUAGAGUAUUUUUAGUUGAUGAAACCGAUUUAUCAUUCAUAAUUCCAACAAUGCAAUUUAAGGGCCCAU